GCUGAGCAGAGGAGGAUUCGUCACCUGGGGCCGAUAAUAAACGAGGAAAUGGUGUAAUCUUUCACCUUGGUUUAGUCGAGAUAGAGAAUAGCGAAUCGAAUGCAAUAUAUAUAUAUAUAUAUAUAUAUAUAUAUAUAUAUAUAUAUAUAUAUAUAUAUUAUAUAUAUAUACACAUCACUUAUUUUUCUUGAUUGCAAAAUCCCAGAGGAUAAGGUGAAAGAAAUCAGGUCUUAAUGAUACAAAAUGUACAGAAUUCGAAUCAUGCUAAAAUCAUAGAAAUCCAUUCGGUAUCGUGUGCAAGGGAAUGGAGGCGGUUAAGAAAUGAUCACAAUACAAGUAAUACAAUUACUGUAUUGAUAUAUCUUGUAAAUCGGGUUGGGUCUUAAAUCCAGCGUAACGCAGGGAGAUAAUUCUGACAAUUGCAGUGCAGUUGCAUUGCUGUAGCCGGUGCUGGUGCUUGCUGAGUAAUUGUGAAAUAAAUACAAAUAGGCACAGUACAUACAGGAAGGCACACAUCCUCCUCCUCUUCUGUCUCCGCCUGUUCUGCUGCUUCUAUUAUGUGUUGUUAGUUUCGGUUUAAAUGGAGGCGGCGAAGAGGAAUCUGUUUUUUGUUUGAUUUUUUUUUUUUUUUGUUUUUUUUUUUUUUUUGUUCUUUUUGGUUGGUUGGUUUGUUUUUGUUAUCCCGGUUAAUUUUGAUAAGACAUGGCAGGGCAAGAGCAGAUAAAUCAGAUAGACGAAAGCUGUCAGAGUAUAGAUGGUGCAGAACUGGCACUCGAAGGGAUCAACAUGCUCCUCAACAACGGAUUCAGAGAGAGCGACGAGCUCUUCAAAAAAUACAGAAAUCAUAGCCCGUUAAUGAGCUUUGGAGCCAGUUUUGUCAGUUUUUUGAAUGCCAUGAUGACUUUUGAAGAAGAGAAGAUGCACAUGGCCUGUGAGGAUCUGAAGACAACAGAAAAGCUGUGUGAGAGCGAAGAAGUGGGAGUCAUCGAAACAAUCAAGAAUAAGAUUAAAAGGAAUGUUGACUCUCAGAAGCCUCCCCCCUCAGUGGUAGAUCGACUCCAGAGACAAAUCAUUGUAGCAGACUGUCAGGUGUAUCUGGCCGUGCUUGCCUUUGUCAAACAGGAAGUCUCAGCUUACAUCAAAGGGGGCUGGAUCCUUCGAAGGGCCUGGAAGAUCUACAAUAAAUGCUACAGUGACAUCGGUGUGCUACAGGAAUCGUGUCAGAAGACAUCUCAGGAGUCGUUGACCUCGGACAGGGCGAACGACAACUCGGUCACCACUGAGGGUGUAUCAGCUGAGUCCCUCAGCAGGCUGAAAGGCUCUGUGAGCUUUGGAUAUGGUCUCUUCCACCUUUGUAUAUCCAUGGUACCGCCCCACCUGCUGAAAAUCAUCAACCUGCUUGGCUUUCCCGGGGACCGGCUACAGGGGUUGUCUUGCCUUAUUUAUGCAAGUGAAAGUAAGGACAUGAAGGCACCUCUAGCUACGUUAGCGUUACUCUGGUAUCACACAGUGGUUAGACCGUUUUUCGCCCUGGAUGGGACAGACACUCAGGCAGGAUUGGCAGAAGCAAAGGCGAUCCUCCAGAAGAAAGAAACUGUGUAUCCAAACUCCUCGCUCUUCAUGUUCUUCAAAGGAAGGGUCCAGAGAUUAGAGUGCCAGAUUAACAGUGCCUUGACUUCUUUUCAUGAUGCAUUGGAACUAGCAACGGACCAAAGAGAAAUUCAACAUGUGUGUCUCUAUGAAAUAGGUUGGUGCAGCAUGAUUGAGAUGAACUUCAAAGAUGCGUACGAGUCCUUUGAACGGCUUAAAAAUGAGUCAAGGUGGUCUCAGUGCUAUUAUGCUUAUCUGACAGCAGUGUGCCAGGGAGCUUCAGGUGAUGUGGAGGGUGCAAAGAGUGUUUUUAAAGAGGUUCAGAAGCUCUUUAAAAGAAAGAACAAUCAAAUUGAACAGUUCUCACUGAAAAGGGCAGAGAGGCUGAGAAAACAGUCUCCCUCCAAGGAGCUCUGCAUUCUGGCAGCCAUUGAGGUGCUUUACCUGUGGAAGGCACUUCCAAACUGUUCAUCCUCCAAACUGCAGAAUAUGAGCCAAGCUUUGCAAGAGAUGGAUGACACAUUACAUGUCGGUUUAAAACACUUGCUACUUGGUGCCAUCCACAAAUGUCUUGGGAACUCAAAAGAUGCCAUUCAGGCUUUUCAAUUGGCUGCAAGCAAUGAACUGGGCCGACAGAACAAUUCCUAUGUACAGCCUUACUCCUGUUAUGAACUUGGUUGUAUACUGCUGGACAACACUGAGGCUACGGGGAAAGGCAGAGCAUUGCUUCUUCAGGCCAAGGAAGAAUUUGCUGGAUAUGAUUUUGAAAACAGACUGCAUGUUCGCAUCCAUGCAGCACUAGCUUCCUUGAAGGAGGUUGUUCCACAGUGAUCCCCAAGCAAACACACACUCAGAUUCUGCACUUUAUGUUGUGCACAGCACGCAGCGGAUAUGGGAAACCCGGCUUUAUUUCUGAAAGCCAUCAAUACAAACGUGUUUUAAAGAAGAAUAAAUACCGGGUGUUGGUGUGAAUUCUAGUUUGAAUAGUAACAGUGUCAUAGUAACAUGUUGUUUUUUACAUCCUGCAGUAAAGAAGAGCUCAAAAUUGUAGUUCCUCAUUAGAAUAUCAAUUGACCUUGUUUACUUAGUUUUAGUUGGUUUGUCAUUCUGUUUCCCGGUCUGUACUUUAUUAAUUUGUGGUAAUGCAUUUCUGGCAAUGAGAAGCACAUAGCUUGUCUGGUUUUUAAAGUGUUCAUCUGUGUUAAAUGUGGAGAGACUUCUUUAAGUUCUUAUGUCUUUGAGGCCAAAUAUAUAUGUAUAUAUAUAUAUACACACACACACACACACACACACACACACACACACAUAUAUAGAGACCCGACAGGGUGUCCGUAUACGUCGAAUACACAGGCGCUUCAGGGCCUCCAAUCCCCGAGAAGUCUAUAUAUUUGACGUAUAGGGACACCCUGAAGGGCCUUAUUGCAUUUAUAAUCCAGGUCAAACAGUGGAUUUGAAGAAAACAAAAGCAGCAGUAAUUAUUAGGGUAAAAAAAAUUGUUUUUACCGAAAUAUCCUUACGCCAAUAAAGGGACUGCAAAAGUAGUCUAAUUUAUAACUUUGAACUACACACUAAGUUAAGCUGAGUAAAUUGAUUUGAUUGAAACAUUCAAAAAGUAAAUGUACAGGGUGAUUAGAAAGUACCUUUACCACAUCAGUGCAUUUGUGUUUUUCUGUAGCAUUUACAA